UCUAUUGCCUUUGUAAAACUUUCGAGUUUGUUUAAAAUUAUAAGUUUAAAUAAAUAUGGAAAAAUAUAUCAAUCUAUUCAUUAUUGUUGGUACUAUGUUUUGCUUUACGUUCAACUCUACAUUUCCACUUGAAAGAGACGCAUCCAUUGGCUAUACAAAUCAAAGCCAAAAGUAUGUAUGUUUAGACAGAACAAAAAGAAUAUCAUCGAAUUUUGGGAACACACUCAGAAAAAUAAAAGACACUACACAGUAUUUCGGAAAGAAUAUUUAUGAUCAUUUUAAUAUCGGUUCCAAAAGCUUAGCUAAGAAAUGUAAUGUAAACGAAGACGAUGUUCGAAGUUUCGAGCAAUUAGUUAUAAUGAAGAAAUAUCCUUAUCUGGAUAUACGUGAAUUAGAUAUGAAAUAUUUUCCUAAUAUCAAAAAAAUUGAUAAUCUGUAUAUGGAUCAAAAAAUACAUCAUGAAGCUAGCCUCAGUGAACCGGUGGAAGAAUUACUCAAUGUAGAAAUAAUAAAUAGAGGUCUAACUGGUUUCGCCAUUCCACCACAUUUAUCAAAACACAGAAUGAUAGAAACUAAGCCAAGCACUUCGAAACCAUCUGAAAAUCCUGAUUUUGUUUUAAGGAAAAAAUCCUCAAAUCAAAAUAUUUUGAAAAGCUUGACAGAGGACAUCAAUGCUCUUUUGGACCACAAAAAUAUUCAAGGGCAUUAAAUUAUAU